AUGGAAAUGUUUGAAAAGAAGAAGCAGCAGCAGCAGAAUAAGAAGAGGAAGGAGAAGAAGAAGAAAAAGAAGAAGAAGAAGAAGAAGAAGAAGAAGAAGAAGAAGAAGAAGAAGAAGAAGAAGGGGCAGUAGGAUCUCGGCAUAUGUGAGUGGACACUAAUGCAAGGCAUGGUACAGUCAAAGAAGAAGGGGCAGUAGGAUCUCGGCAUAUGUGAGUGGACACUAAUGCAAGGCAUGGUACAGUCAACAAGUAAAACAGCAGGCAAGAUUGAAGGAGUUCAUUCCUCCCUCUGUGGCAAUAGGCCUCUUUAAACGAAACCCUUCGAAUGCUACUUCAGGUGGACAGUGGUCGGCCCGCCAAACAGCUGGUUACGGCUUUUACAACAAUUUACGAGUAAGCCGGAUUCGUGACGUUUGAAAGCACCACGCUUUCCUAGCUUAAGGCCAUUUAAAUGGAGACUUGAUGUGGUGGUGUUGGAAGCCUUAUCGAGAAGACUGGAUCUACUGGACAACCACCUAACCAGAUAGGAAGUGGGACCAUCGGUAGUUACAAAAAUCGGCCUCAGUAGAUCUCUCUACUCGUAAACACUUGGCGGCCCACAGAACCUGACAACCUUGGAGUCAGAGGGUUUAACGGCCUCGUAGUUCAUGCUUCGGAUAAAGGCAGUGUAUACGAAAGAAGGAAUUAACACUUAAAUGACACUUGUGCAUCUGCAGCAAUUAUUUUUUGUUACAGAUAGUAAAGAACUUAUGGCAUCGCUUCGACUCUCAUUAUGACAGCAAAUCUCUUCAUUUUCUUGUGAUGAGCCUGGGCACUUGGGCUAAAUGUCGGGCAAAUAAGCCCAUUUCCUCAGAAGCCGAAAUGUCUUCAGCUUAAGUUACAGUAUAUCCCAGUCAGCUAGUUUCAUGUGGAAUAUUUGCUCGCAUUUGCCAAAUCCAUAUUCCUAAGCUUACCUUCAACACGGAAGACCGGCUAACACUUUACCACGUUUUGGACGUAAACAAGAACUUGCCAUUGUUGCCACUUGUGAACCUAUUUUGCAUUUUGCGUAUUAUAUAUUGAUUUUUCCCCACUCUCUUCUAGUGCUUCGGCCCCCCUGAGUUUUUUGAUUGUUCAUUAAAUGCUACACUAACUCCCACCUUCAUUUAAAGGAUGAUUCCUAUUCUGCGUAAAUAUAUACAUAAACAAAUUCAUGCGUAGGUGCCAAACGAUAUUAUGCUUAUACACAAAUUUUCUCACACUGAUCAGUUGGAUCCCUAAGGAAAAAAUUCCCAACGGAUGUCAGAGAUUGCGAACGGGCAACCAUCGACCAGGUCGACCUCGUCCAAGAUACGAUAUCAGGUGAGGUAGGGACAAACAUGCAGGUUGACUGAUGCAGGAGUCAUGGACAGGUACGGAAUCCAAUGAAUCGGCGAGCGCCUAUUUCUCAUACACGAGUGUCCUUUAUGCAGAGACGAGGCACUGAUGAACAUUUGUUAAACGAAGUGCUUACGAUCUGCUUAAAGGACUUUUUCUGUGUUAAAUAAGCAUAGUGUAUGCACAUGCAGGUGUUUCUGGUCUCAUGCGUUGGUCUGUAUUGAGAUUGGUUAAAUGAAGGUAGAAUAAACCUAAAAGCUAGCUGUACCAAUCUACCCACAGUUCUAUCUGUACCUCCGCUACUGUCAUAUUUUUUGAGAUGAUUUCAACCGACUUAGGCCUUUCGUGGUCCGUGCCCUGGACCAAUCUUCGGUCACUGUUUGUCAUACAUUCUCCAAAAGAGUGUAAGUUUGCUUUAUCCAAGGGGCGUCGCGCACCGACACAAUACCUUAACAUUAAAUCAAUAAAUAUUCCGAACAGCUGUCUUAAAACCUCUUCGUCAAAUUUAAGGAACGGUCUCCUGAUCUGACCGAGGAUAUCCCGGGACAAGGGAACGAUGUCCGAGAAUGGACGUCAUUUCCGCACCAAGGUCUCCCAGCUGAUUGUCUGACUCAAGUUGAUGACUUCCAGUAACGUUGCAAAAUUCAAAUUGCCUCGUCCUUCUGAUGUCGGAUCGAAUUUAGAUAACUUGGCAUUGUUUAAGUUGAUGGUCAGGAACUAUUCACCACUCCAUAGUUGCAUUCGAUCCCAAUUAGUUUGCAAAUUUAGCGCGCCUUUUGGCCCUCCUAUCGUUUUCAUUACUUGAGCUUAUAAACAAACGGUAGCACUAGAAGUUUAACAAUACAGACUAUCGUCAACAUAUGACAAAAGCAGAACGGGACCAAGAACGCUCCCGUGGAACAUUCCACUAUAGAUGGUUGCCCAUCCCAAUUCGGCGUUGUCAAUAAAAACACGCUGAGAUCCACCUGAGAAAACGUCUGCCAGCCAUUUGUCGUAGAUUAAGUAUCAGUCGUCUCUAUAAAACUCUAUCAAAAGCUCUGCUGGAAUAAAAUUAAACUGCACCCACCUAUAGGCGCAUUUUGAAGGAGUUUGUCUGGUUUUACGCGGAUGAGAGGAUCGUCCACUUCUAAAGCCAUGCUGGUGGAGGCUACGCAAGUCCGUCCUCCCUCCUUUCUGAUUAUGGUGUUCUCCAUUAGGUUUUAGAAGAUACUUGUAAGGCUCACGAGUAUGGAGCCAUUUGAUAAGGUUUUUUAUCACCUAUAUAUACGGAUUUAUGUAAGCUUGCUUUCAAUUACUAGAUAGAGCCCCGACCUCCCUCAAAGUUUUAAUAUCUUCAAGAGCUCGGAAGUUACGUGGCCGGAGACCUUAUUUAAAACUAUUGUGUAGAGGCCGUCCACACAAGGCAAUUUAGCGGGCUACAUCUGACCUGAUAUACGAUAAUUGUAUCGUUAAGUAUGGUAAUCUUGCAGUGUGAUCGGUCGUCGGAAGCAGGCUCCUUAGAAAAGGCGGAUCCCAGGAAAUCUGAUAAGAGGGUCAUUAAGCCUGAGUUAUCGACUACCUCUUUCCCUUUUCAUCCUUAAGAUGGGGACGGGGGCCUCGAUCACGCUUUGCUCAACACACAUAGCCAAAACUUUUGCUUGUUCUCUCCUUUAUUAGCAGCGUUCAACAUUUUUACGUCGUCUUCUACAAAACAAUUUGUUUGUCCAUUUAUUUAUUCUAAAUUAGACAAAUACCCAAAUUGUGGACACCUGGAAUAUCUUUUUGAAAUCUCCUUCUUAUCUAGGUAUUCCUUUUUAUGUUUUAUGUCAUUCACUGAAGUCGAGAGACGUACUUCCUCAUCCUAAGCGAACAGUAACUCUUCAUCAUGCACUGAAUCAGUGACUUUAAGAAGAACCAGACGAUGUUUGGGUCAGACGUUAGCGCAGCUUUCCAGUCUAUCUCAUUCAGCUGUCGUUUCAGUUUCAACUGAUCCCCUUUCUGUUUAUUUGCUUCUCGAGUACUUGAAUUUCAUGUACAGAAAAGUGACUAUACUUUCAGAAAAUAACACAUUAGUCACUCCGACCAAGGUAGGUAUUAGAACUCCGGCCGAGAAUACACUAGACCGUAAUCCUACUGCAUCCAGGAUCGUCAGACCCGGAUUACAUCAUCAGUGUGCGGCCUUGCAAAUGUUCUAAAGGCAUUGGAGAAGCAUCCGUCGUAAUCCGCACACGUUAAACUUUUUAAGUCCAUUUCUUCACACAGUCAUUAUUGAACAAGAGAAAGAGGAACUGAAUUUGAAUUUUUUGCUACACAGAAAAUUCGAGAACGACUGACGAGGAAAUUUUCGAUUAUUUAAAUAAGUUUAUCUCUGAUACGGAUUAUAGACAGCUUCUGGGGAAGUUGCUUAUGAUGAAAUUUACCGCUGACCAGGUUCGAACUGCGCAAAGUUAGUUCUCCUAUAAAAUUUAUGUUGGGCGCUAAAGCCUUCCCCUUACUGCGUGGGUUCGAAUCCCACCGAGGCGCCGAGUUUUUCACAGUUGGGUCCAUAUUAAUUAUUCAAAAUCUGCCAAAAUAUUAAUGAAUAUCAAUGCAUUGAAUAGAAGAUUGUGGGAAUCCAACCAACUUCUCAGUCCCUUUUGACAGCCUUCUUUAUGACUUUACGAUAGAUUGAGGUUCGGCUGGUGACCGCCAAUUUUGUUAAUGGGUGUAAUUUCUGCCGUUUCCAGUCUGUCGGGAGGUGCUUCGUAAGCAAAAGACUUCUGGAAUAACACGGAUAACAGUUGCUCAGUUUUCGACAUGAUAAAAGGGGAGUUUGGCAAGAAUCGUAUUCUGGUGACGAGAUUACCUACCUUUUCAUAAUCACUAGCUCUAAAAAUUCCUUUUUCGAGAAAUAUAAUGCCUUUAUUAGUUUAGGUUCUCAUGGCUUACUGGUCAGGUGGAACAAAAUCCGUUUUCCGCGUGAAAACAGAUUGCAAAAACCGAGGAAAUUACCCGGCUCGCUUUGUACUGCCCGAUAUCAUGAGGCCCUCAUCGUCCCUCAUAAUAAGGAUCGGAUCCUUAUCGUUCUUGGUCUACUUGGAGUUUCUAAUAGCUCGAUUGCGAACAAAAAAAUCUCGAAUUCUCCUCCCCUUUUAAAAUCUAAGUCCUUAAGCACGCUUCUAUGGGCUCUGAAUUCCUCAAACACUGGGGUUUCGUAGUUCCCUCUAAAUUACUUCUGUAGUUCUCUCUGCUUGUUGCUCUUAUUUUAAGUUCUCGUCCCAGGAACUGAGGUCGACUGGUUUUCCUAGGCUUUUAUAGGGGUUGCUUACUCUUGAUGAAAUGUAGCAAACAUUUCCUGAAGAACUCGCAGUCCUCCAUUAUGUUUCCGGAGAAGAGAACAUCACAGUCUUUACGUGAUGCCUCCGUCCUCACUGGGCAAAAGCUUUCGGGUCAUAUAUCUGACCUAAUUAUGGUCGCUGCAUAUGACAAAGAAUAUAGACGGUACUCCCAUAAAAAUACCCUACGACCACUUCAACUGAGCUGAGGUAGAUAAUAUACCACACCUACAAUGCCAGGAUCCUUUGUGAAGAUAAGAUUCAAACAACUAGCCCUUUGUCCCUCUCAAUGCAUUGUUGUUGGAACGAGGACAUAGUACGUGAAGGGCGCUUUAAUUUAUGUUUUCAAAAGACGAUAAUCAAGGACGAGCUUCUGGCACUUGGCGUAUAUCUCAUUUUAUCGAAUGCCGGGUGCGAUGCAUUCACUCAUGAAAACAACGUCAGGUUGACUAGCUAUCUAUUGUUGAGCCGAAGGAAGCGGUAGUAACACAAAUGAUCCUUUUGCUUUGCUGGUUUAAGUUUUUCUGGUGGGUAGUAGUUUCUUUGUCCUGCACAUGAUUCUCCAAUUCACGAGGCAUUUUUUAGAAAUCGGUUUCAAAAAUUGGGACUGACCCAGCGGUCUUCCUGGUAGUGUUUUACUUUUCUGAUUGUCAUUAUAAAUGCGUUGUUCUUUUUCACUAUUGAAAGAAGUGGUUUCACCCUCUGUAGUUACCUGUGUUGAUUUACGUCGGUUUUCCUCUUUCGAUUCUGUCAAAAUUCGUUGCCGCAGAGAAUUGUUAUGGCUCUCUACCUUCCAGAAUUAGGUGGUUAGUCUUGAAAUUAAUGAAAAGCGGUACCAAACUUACCCAUUGUUUUCUGAGUGAACGGGCAGGGCUUGAGGCCUAACAUUUCAGAAAAUGCGACAAAGGUUUUCGAAAUGUGCUGUCCCAGUCAGGUUUCUGAAACGUCGGUCGUUUAGCCAACGAUUAAAUAUUUUUAACACAACAGAAGCAAUCGCCUGCCAACGUUCUUAUAUAAGAGAGAUAUAUCAAUAACUGUGUACAUCGUGCAUCGAGCAGGCAGUGAAAAAAAGUUCCUGACUAGUCAGCGGAGAUUUUGUUGGAUUUUGGAUAAUUGGGGUUGUUCAGGAAAAACUGCAGCCCAGGACAGGAGUAUUUGACACGAGUGCAGCAAGACUUUGCCAGUUUCAUUCUUUCUCAUGAGAUUGGACUUAUGCACUAGAAAAGGUUGCAUGGAUGAGCAGUCACCCAUUGCUGGCAAAAGUAUUUUUCCGCUGGGCGGCGUACUUCAGCGUCGGCACCAUCCCUCUGGAAAUGAGACCCGGCAGAAAUGAUAAAGACCGCGGAAGAUAGAUUCGGGGGAUCUGGAAUUCAUGAAUCGUGGAAUCUCUUCGGAAUGCGUAAAUCGAGCGUUAGUCUCCCCAAACAAAGGAUAGACUUGCAAUUGCUUUAAAAGAAAAGAACUGCAGAUAUGUGACUGUACGUGUCGGAGGAAGAAGUAAAUGACCUCGUCCUGACCGUUGCACCAAGGGUGAUGUCUUAUAGUAGCCAGCGGAUUAAAAGUACGACAAUUUUAAAGCCCUAUCAGUAGAACGAGUCUUUUUUGAUUGGCGAAAGCACAAAGGACCACAAAUUGUGGGAUCACAGAGUACUUUAUGUGCCAAAUUUCGGUGUUCGAGGGUUAGGACCCCUUUGGUAUGUGGGAUCCCGGUACACGCGUUUUCUCUUUUAGAUGGGAAACUGCUGAGAAAAAGUGCUUUUUAGUCUGGGCUAACCUUGUUGGGGUUCUGUCGCGUUUCUUUGCGAGUCCACCGUCGCCAAAAUCCUAAUGAUCAUUGAGGUUUCAAUUGCUAAUCUGUUACCGUCAUUUGUCAGUUAGAUAAACUCCCCUUGAUAAACCUUCUGGAGGUCUGAAAGUAGUUAUAGCUGGAGAUAAAUUAUUGUGAUACUAAGAAUUUCCCUUGAUAAUCACUAUAGGAGAUCCAAUUAUCUCCAGACCGCGUGAAGAGUAAGUUUUACCACCGGCCUGGUUUGUGCAGUAUCGUCCGCAGACCUCCAAUUCAUCUUCAUCCCGUUUCUUAACUGUCCUGUCGAAAUUAAUUUUACUUAUUUCAAUCGAUUGCCUCAUCCAUCAGGUUCAUUUUUCUUUCCUGAAUACAAGCGACGGUAGCCAGUUCUUUCUAAGGAAGGCCCCAGGGACAACGACCUCCCUUAUAUCGUUCUUAGGGUUUUUUCAGACUAAUCAGAAGUUAUAAGUAAAGGCAGAAUCAAUAGAAGUGAACAGAGGAGUCCCAGGAAGCAAUAGUGAAUAAGGAGACACGAUCAUCGGGACAAGAGCUUUUCUCUUCCGACGUUUCGGAUCCUUUCUCAAACCCAUCAUCAGAGACAAGGGCAGAUAUGGGUGGUUCGUGCACAAGGGGCUGCAGUAUUUAUAGGAUGCAGUCACCAUGCUACCGCAUAUCCAUGAAAAUUCACGACUUGCCCUUUCAUCAGGAAUCGUUAUACUCGGCGUAAUGAUAGUUUGAUGGCCGAAAUUCGCGUCGUUAAUUGCUGCGAUUUUAUCACGGGCGUUGGAUGUUGGUGUGAUGAUUGCGCGACCAUCUGACCUACCGACCCUGGCGUUGGGAAAAGUGUUCACCUCUGCGCUCCCCGCGAAGCUAAUUGCUUCGCCUGGGCGACGUCUCAGCACCGAGUAUUGAAGGUGAAGGUCGUGGCAGUUGUUGAUGGACUGUGGACCAUGAGUCAUGAAUCAAGAAGCUCCCGGCUCACGCGGUUGUCACCUCUUCCGAGAAUUUCGGCCUCGUCGAAUUUGACUGUGUGGUUGGAUCUUGUCGAAUGAGCCGCAACUUGAGAGCUGGUGUCAUUUUUCCGCACGACUGCAGCGUGCUCGGCCAUUCGCUUUCGGGGCUGUCUUCCGGUUUCUCCGGCGUACUUGCUUUGUUCACGACUGCGCCAGCUCGCACCAGGCUGCGAGGGCCAUGAAUUGCUGAUUCUGACAGCGGACGAUUAAAGACCUUCAGGUUUAGAGGGUGGCACAUGGUCCGGCAUUUUCCCGUGUCGUUACCUUUCAGUGCUGGGUAACCAGUCGUCGACUGGGAGUUACUACCCAUAACUUCUGAUUUAUAUGGUGACAAAGAUUCCAUAAAUGUGUCACUUUGUAGUUAAUAAGGGUGACAACAUGCUAGUAGGAAGAGGACGCGAAUUUUCUUCAAACCGGAUUUUUUAAUCGACAAAAUCUGUGAACAGAGACCUAGCUCAAGAAAAUUAAGCGGAGUAAGCAUUAGACUACAUGUGACAUUAAAUUUACAACCACCUUAGCAUAUGUUACCUAGCCGAUUUUAUGGUUGAGACCAAAGUGAGUGUCUGUUUCCGUGAAGUCCACCGCAAAUGACUUCACGUGAACUACCGCCUCCUCAAGCUCCGGUAGCGUAUUUGUGGAGUUUAGCAUGUCAGAAUGAGAUAGCUGACUUCAGACAUAUUAAAGGGUUGAGCUCAUGGUCGCGUCCUCAGUAAAAGGGACUUUUCUUUGGACAGUCGAUAUUAAGGAGUCAAGUAAAGACAAAAGAUCACCCGCCCUUUGUAAACUGGUACUCAUUGUUUGUAAACGGAUAUUUCAGUCCGAUUUGUAAAUUUACAGUUUCCUGCUUGGUUCUGUUAACAAUUGUCAGAACGUUUUGAUUAGUGGAAGAGUCCAUACUUUUCGAUACAGUGGACCUACUUGGAGGAUACUCCAUGAGCAAAAUUUAUAGCCGCUUUGGUUUUGAAUUCGUUGCUCCGUCGCCGCUCAGAGGACGGUUACUUCCGGCUCAACGCUAUUCAAUAAGAGAGGUGUGCAUUGUUAAAUGACAGAUAUUUGCAGCAAUGGGUGUCAAGAACGGGUCACGCAAUUCGAUAUGUGUAAUACCUAGCUUGCGCAAACUUUGACAAAAACAUGACCUCGGAAAUUGUCACCGCUGCUUCACACAUAUUUAUUUGGGAUUUCCGCGUUUAUUUAUUCUGGAAAUCAAUCUAGCUGUCUCCUAACAUAUGGUUGCAGAAUACGCCCUAAUUCAAUUUCAGUUGUGUACUACCCGUCCUUACUGGAUGCAUCUGGCUAUAUAGACUAUAGUUUAAUUUAUUCCCUGCUGACGUGUGCGAUCCAAGCGGUUUCGUCACCUCAGUAACCCCAGUAAGGAACAAAUCUUGGCGAUUUCGGUGUGAAUGCUUGAUUGCGCUCUAUUGUGCACCUAAGGGCCUCAGACGCUGAUAGCGGCAAACUCUCGGUAAUACAUACGACGACAGUUAUUGCACUAAGUAAAGUCGCGUCCAUUAUUUUUUUCGACAAGACAUAAGGUAACCGAGGUAGUUGGAGCUCUCCAUUACCACAAACAGAGGACAAACGUGUUGUUGAACAUAGAGACUCCCCAAAGAAAUAUAAUAUUUUACUCUGCAAGUGGAAAAUACAAUGAGAAAUCAUUUCAAAAGUUGUUUUACAAAUCAGCAGAAUCCAAAAUAAACAUCACCCACUAAAUUCACUUAAGCCAGUUCUUUCGUGCAAAGAUGUGGAUACCGCUGCAUUUCAUUAGUGUUUCCAUUGCUGUGUUGCAGGUAAUCCUUCUAGGCUUUUGCUGAGCCCUAUUCAAUGCAUGCAUUGCAUUCCUACUUCGCAAAGAUACUUUUUGCAGCAAUAGUUCCGGAUUGCUGGAAUACGAAACUUGGCCUCCAUAUCGACUGACGAAACUCUUCGAGGCUUCCUCAGUUUGCAGUCUCAGUCAGAAAUAAAUCUGCGCUUCUGUUGGACUGGUAUUCCCGCAACUAUUUUUACAAAAUGCAUAAACUGUGGCUUCCAAAUCCACGAAUAUAUCUUCCGCGGUCUUUAUCAUUUCCGCCUGGUCUCAUUUCCAGAGGGAUGGUGCCGAGACUGAAGUACGCCACCCAGCGAAUAAAUACUUCUGCAAGCACUUGAUGACUGUUCAUACAUGUAACCUUUUCUGGUGCAUAAGUCCAAUCUCAUAAGGAAGAAUUAAACCUGCAAAAUUCCUCUGCACUCAUGCUAACUAUUCCUAUUCUGGGCUCCCGUCAUUGCCUGGGCCGCAGUUUUUUUCCUGAACAGCCCCAGUUAUUCAAAAUUCAACCAAAUAUGCGAUGACUAGUCAGGAGCUUUAUUCACUGCCUUCUCGAUGUACUCUGUGAAGUUGUUUUGACGAUGUCUAUUAGCUGGCAUUCAAUAUUAUUAUCAUUGGAAGUUGCUAUGGAGGCCUAAAUAUAACCCUUUUCACUUGCAGAGCUCUUGGAAUCUCAGUGAACAAAUCUCACGUAGAAUGUAACAGCGUUUGUCCAGUCACAACACCUUACUGUCAAUUAGUCCGUCUCCAUGCCUCGUGUUUAACGGGGAGGUUUUCCGGAAGGCUUGAAAUCACUCAGCUAAGGCUAUUCUUUUCCUUUUGAUUCUGUUACUAAUGGAAAGACAAGGUUGGUUACAAUUUCCAGUGCUAAAGAAAACUAACCCUCAUACAGGCCAUGUAUAUCCAAUAAAUAAUAUGAUACUUUAGUUUUAUUUCCAAAUUUUUAUACACACGAAGUUCGUCCGAACUUGCAUAGGAUGUUAAGGAGUAUAUUGGGUGUGCGAGCUAUCAGGGGAUCUUGUCCGCGCGCCCUGAAUCCUUGGAGUAAUUACCUGAAAAUUUCGUUUCACCCACUCACUGACAUUUUUUCCGAAAAUUUUGUCGUUUCUCGCGGGAUUGGGAACGGUGCACAGAGGUCUGGGCUAAUAAAGGUCUAAAAUAGUUAUUUCUACACAGUACGAAACACCGCAUCAUGGUAACAAAAUAGGCUGGGAAUUGCGGCGGGGAUAUUUAAACAAUAAAAGUUUUAGAAAAGUUUUCGAAACUUUCUCUAGCCGAGGGCAAAUUCGAAUAUCGUUUUCAACUCUACCUUGUACAUUUUGUUAAACAUGGUACUAAGUUCCAGUAAGAAAACCUAACAUCAAUUGGGGAUGCUUCGUUCAGCUUAAAAAGAAAUAAGGAAAAGAAAAAGAACAAUUGAUCAAAAAACACGCUGAGCGCUAACACGACGCAGAUGACCAGGUUUAUAUUGAGUACGCUGCACUCAGCCUGGAGUAAAGUGUCACCAGAAAUACAAAUAUUUUUUAAGGUUUACUGCGUAGGGCACUUUACUCAGACAAGCAAGUACUCACUCAUGCCACUUUUAAGAUCGGAAAAGGUUAUCGACAACGCGAAAAUUGUGCGAUCAUUUAAGCAGACCAGAGGCAAGAGAAAGUCGAUUACUCAAAGAUGAAAAGAGAGCUAAGAGAGAUAUACUGACACGCCGCACCGACAUUUAGCCCUAAAGCCAGUUGAUACUUCUACAGGAAACUGAUUCAGUACUUGAUGAAGGGUAACUGCGCCCCAAGGAUGAGAUCGUAGGUUUCCCGACUUCAGUAGCUGACAGCAGAAAUAGAAAUAAAUUUCGAAAAAACCUCGAUAUUUGAAGAAUUAUCUGAACAAUAAACGCCAGGUGUCACUAACUUAUGUUGCACCUACUUUAUAAGUUUUCACUCUUAGGGAAGACUCUGUUUAAAUCAGUUCUUCGCCCCUUGGUUUAUUUUGUCGGUACUUCGAUGACAUUCUUUCAGAAGCAGUGGCUAUGCGAUAAAGUUGGUUUUCGCGCUCAACAAUCCAGAUGUCAUCACCGUUUCUGCGCUUAGAAAUGUUGCCUAUGUUUAGUUAUUCUUUCCGUUUUAUUACAUUGGUAGUGCACGGUCGUAAAUAUUCCAUUACGAUUUAGGCAGUUUGAUAUGCGUCAGUGACAAACGCUCAGGCCAUUGCUUUCAACAGUCACUUUUCCUCCUCAGUCCAUUUGGCGUUCAGUCGGCCGAAUUGGUUUUUGCUAAUUUCGCCUACGUCUUAUGUGACGCUUCCGAAAGGCUUCUUGGUCAAAAUAACUGGAAGACCUCCUUAAUAACUUUGAACUGUAGAUCGUGAGGCGUGACGUCGACGUCGAAAAAAGUUGACGUUGGCCAUGGAAAAUGUUAUCGGUUACUGAGUUAACUCGGUUUUCUGAAUGUCUCCUUAAUGUAGUGAGUGGCAGCUGGACUGCUUUUAUGGGGUUAUACAUUUGUCCUCACUACAUUCGCGCCUAUAAGGUUGAACAUGGCGGUGCUUGGUCGAUUUCCGGUUAAUGAACGAAUAAAUUUAAUAGAGACCGCCAGUUAAAUUUUUCUCACACCACUGGUUUUCUGUCGGUUAGCGCCUAAGUCAAGGGAAAAUGUCCGUUAUCCUCACCAAUGCCGUCACCAGUGUCGCAGACAUUUGGCCUUCCUUUAUUUUCAGGCAAUAAUCCAGGUAGUAGUUACACGCCACGUAUGUAAAGGCCUAUAUUUCUGUUCAUGCCUUACUUCUCCUAUUCUGCCGUCUCCAUUGUCUUCAGAAGAUUUUCUAUUAAGCACGCAUUUCGUUGCGUGAAAGCGUUUAUCACCGGGUUCACCUACAAAAUGAGGAUACGCAGGUACUAUAGAUUAACAGCUGAGAGGCAUUUGACCCCUAUCCGACUAUUAUGCUUGACACCCUAUCAGUUUUCGCAGUUUGGUUAUUGUAUAAUGUAUGGGACAUUUUAAUGUUAAAAAUAUCCUUCCAGGUAAUUUCGUCGUCAGCGUUUUUUCUUUUUUAUUUCUAGGUAUGCAGGUGUCGACUGUCAAGAAAUAAUACAGCCAAAAUGACGAUCAGUGCAAGCAAUAGAGGAAUUAAUAUCUGUUGGUCUGAAAAAUAGCAGAGAACUUCAUAUUAUCCAAAUUGAAUAACAAUCGUUUAAAUCGACCACAUAAUAUGUAAGGUUAGGUGGCUGUGACCUUUGCUACCAUAGUUACAUUUUGAUAUAUAAACCGCCGUGCAGAUGUUCAGGUGUCUCAGGGAAAUGGCUUCGGCGCGGAUAAGCCUUGAAAUGCCCCCUAAUAUCGACCCGUCGAGGGCGACUUUAGCGUAUGGCAGACUUGCCCUUCCACGACUGGUAAGAAAAACGACAAAAAUUACGCUUUCCCAAGUGGUGGAGCUUCACUCCAUAUGGAGUUUUCCUAAGAGUAGACCGCCUCCUACGGUUGUCAACUACAAAUAAACUACACCAAGAAUUUGCCCUUAUUUGUUAAGAGUUUUAAAGACGAGCAUAAGCUGAUUGGUUGACGCUUUUAUUGCGCAAGGCGUAUUCGACAAAUCGCAUAUUUUUGUUGAGCUGAUCUGUCCAAUAUGCUGAAGCAUAUAUGAACGAAACAUCGUAGCUGGUUAAUUUUUAACACAUGUACUGUUAAUGAUAGUCGGAUCUACUGCGUAUAUGUAGUAAAUGCAUGCACAUAUGUGCCUGCACAUAUAUGCAUGUGCAUGAAUAUAUUUGUGCAAUGGUAGAGCGUUCAACUCCAUGACCAAAGAUCCCGGGUUCGAAUCUCAAGUGAUCCACACUUGGGGUUGGGUAUGACUGGCUGAUGACGGCUAAUAAGCCAGAAAUGGCCAUUCCGGUCUCCCUUGUCUUUGUCGGUAUCAUCUCAUAUAUAUAUAUAUAUAUAUAUAUAUAAUACACUUGAGACAUACGGUGGAUUACAACAUAUGAAGUUGUUAAAUUACUGUUUGUAGAGUAAAUAGCAGCUAUUCCACUUAUAAGGAAGUUAUUCAAAUAUAUGUACUUAGACGUCAGAUACAUCCUUUGGGGAGACUCAUCAUGUCUGACACUACAGCAGGAAGUGCAGUCGUUAAGUGCUGAAGGAAAACCCAUACCGUAUAUCUUAGUGUUCUCCUCUGACCGUCAGAGUUCGGCUGUGAGUUGUGGUGGUCUUAAAUUAAGAAUGUUUUACGCAGUCAGCAGCAGCAUAGCAGCAUGACGGCUUACGUCUACUUUCUUUAAGCCACCUUAACUUUUGAAAUACUCGACUGAACAGCUGCAGGUUGAUUGCCUGAUUUUACACAUUUAAACGCACUAUAUGUCCUAAAAGGUGGGCAUUUGAACCCCCUCAAGUUAGGACAAGUUCCAGAUGCUUUCUGCCCAAAUUCGCUACUCAUAUGUAAGUUGCGAUUUGGCACAAAUAGUCUUGUGUCGUUUUCAUCCGUCAUACAGGUGUGAUGACAACAUUUAAAUUCGGAGUCUUCAUUGCAGAAAGUUAGACUAGAAUUAAUCACAAAGGAAGGACAGGAAAAAAUCGUACGUCGCAUUUAUAGCUGAAGCAAGUUGGCCAGGAGCGCUGGCAAUUAAAGCAGUUCUUGUAUUGAGCUCAAAUUAUUAUUACUUUUGUCUCGUAGAUGAUUGUAUUUUAAGUAGAAUAACUGCGUCUAGGCGCCUUAUUCUGUUGUGAAGUCUUAUUUUAUAUGAUGCCAUAUAUUACAUGUUUCCAGUUUGCGCUCAAAGCCAGACGAACUUAUGUUUUAAAGAAUUCAGUUUCGCAGUGGUUUAUAGUGUUCCAUUUACAUAGGCAUUCGAAGUGCAAGCUAGAUUUUCAGUGCGCCCGCAGAUAUAAGCAGAGAAGGUUAUAGUAAGCUCGUAGACCCAAUAAAGUUAAUUAGUUCACUAUCAAACUACUCAAAUGUACAGCUGCUCAGAUUCGAAUUCCCCCUUUUUCUUCUAAAUCAACAUAAAAUUUCAAUUUUAAGUCUCGCAGAUUUUGCUCUUUAAGUGGCGGCUGGAAACUACACGGUUUCUGAUAUUAAAAAUUCGACAUCUGAAUAAAAUUCGCGGGUCUAUAUAACGGCCUAAACACCGUUGAUUACGACAGAACAAAGUCGAGAACGACCUUAUAAUCCCCGAGCUCCGAAUAUUUUUUCCGUACACCGCCAAUUAUUCAAAGCUGUACAAGAUUGAUUUACUGAUUUAAGCAACUAGAGAUAUUGUAGCUCUUUCUAGUCGACAUUCGUUUAGAAGUGAACAGAAGAUUGGCAUUGCGGCUGCGCUUGAUUUUUUGUACGUACUCUUCUGUCAGCGAUGUUUUAUCAAAUUUAAAACGUCUCCAAGGGCACAGAGAUGCAGAUCCUUGUUUAUUAUUGACAGCAUCUAUGUAAUUAAACUUGCUCAGCUGGGCCGGCAGGAUGAAAUCAGAUUUAGUGUUUCUUUGCGCCUAUUACAUUCAGUCUUACGAGCCUAACUGCAAAUAAAGAACUAAAGUCUUUAAUCUUUGAUGGUCGGGCAAUGCUUGUAGACGUCUAAAACCCACGUUAGCAUAAAACGGACUGCAUGCGAAAACAGGUCUCAUAUGUCGACCAUCAUACAAGUCCUAUUAUGCUACAAGAAAUGGUUAAAUGCCCAAGCAGUGACAUUUUAGGCCAUAAAGAGGUUAAUAUUGUUCAUCUGUUUGUCAAAAGUGAAGAUUUAAUACAGGUCGACUCUUUACGUUUGCUUAUUACUUCGUCAAGAACUGGCCUUCUUCUCAUCCCCUCGGAAAGCUUUUGUUAUUGGUAACACUUGAUUGGAUGUCUAUUGUUGAUAAUAGCACUAUCUUGACAUUGUGUACCAUUUAUCUUCUUUGCUAACGGUUUAGUGCUUUUUCACAGAACUCGGCUAAUUUUACUUUUAAUCCUCGCCUUCGUGAUUUGAGGUCUGAUAAGCGCAAUAUGAUCCAACUCCUGUGUCAGUUACGACGCUCUGUUGUUUGUAAGAAAUUAGAGGGCGUCGAAUUCCCGAGUGAUUUUGUUAUCUGUAAGCAAAAGGUGGUUAGCAUAUGGGACUUACAUCUUUAACUGUUGAAUACCAAAAGAGUGGCCUUUGUCGAAGUUAUCUGCUGGAAGUUAAAAUAUCAACAGAUCGUAGACUUGGGAAACACCUUCCUAGGUAUUUUGGAACCGAAGAAUCAACUAAAGAAUCAACUUAAGACUUUUUGCUUCUUAUUAUAAAGGAAAUUUAAUAUCCUUCGAUGGUCGGUAAAACGCCUUCUCUGGGGGUUGGACAUUGCUUAUUCAAGGUUUUAUCAAGGUUUGCCUUUCAGUCAUUUUGGUUGGUUGUUGCGCACAGAUCUGUUUAGCUCGCAGCUGGUCGUCUUUCGAUGUCUGCUUUUAACAUUCGCCGAAUCUCUGUGCUGUGAGAGACAAUGGUCGUUGUUUUUUCGUUGUGUUCGUCAAUAAAUGCCAGAAAUGCUUGUCAAAUAUCAGUUUUUACAACUCUCGCUUACAAAGGUCCCUAGUAAACAUUAGUGCUGUGGUUCAUGUUCCAAGAUAUAAUGUAGUAGAAAACUGGAUCGGAUUUCCAUAUUUUAAUUUUUUCUCACAAUUAUAUUUUUUGUCUUCUGUGCAGCUGUAAAACGCCCUUCUUUCCUUUUCAAGAACAGAGAGCUUAAAGAUGAUGUUCUUCUCAUUCGCCAAAGAGCUGUCAAAGCCCUAUGUGACUACCUCCACGACCACGAGCAUAUUGCAGCUGCUGUGCACGAAGGUACACCUGACGCAGCCUUUCUAUUUUGACGCCCUUCUAGGCAUUAUUCCGUCACUAAAACACCUACUCCGAGACAAAGAUGUUCCUGUGAGAGCCAUGGCUGCAGAAUGCUUUAUCGUCUUUAACCGUAGGUUAUAACUCAAAUAAGCUUACUGCCAUAGAACACGCCAUUGGUCGAAAGGCCUUCAUUGACGAGGAUGUCCUUGAUGUGUUGAAGCUUCUCUUCUCGUCCUACGAACCUGAUAUCGUUCGUUUGAAUGCACACAAGGCUGUUGAACUUCUCUCCAUCAACCCGGCACAUUGCCAGGCAAUUGUAGAUGCUGACUUGAUUCCUUUGCUUAUUGCCUGCGUGGAGCGCGAAUACGCGGAAAUCAAGGCAAGCCGACUCUUCGUGACAGUACUCAUAAUUCAUUCUUACAGGCUGUUAUUUUGGAAACCCUAAAUAGAUGUUUGGAUUUAAACAGUGAUGCUGGUCUAAAUGCUGGUGGGAUGCAAGUCUUCACCAAGCUCCUCAGUCACCACUCUCCUGAAGUUCGAGGGAAGAGCGCACAGGUUAUUCUCAUGCUAACGUGAGUAUUGCGUAAAUCGGGUUACCUAUUCCUCUUCUUAAAUUUCACUGUUUGCCUUAGUGUAAACCCUCGGGGCAGACAACAGGCCAUUGACAAAGAGACCAUCCCUGCCCUUGUCGGCCUUCUGAGUGACAACGACCCUGAUGUGAAGGCCUCGGCAGCUGGUGCGCUCGCAUUGUAAGCAACUCGCUUGUGGCUACUUUCAGCUAAAUUUGGUGUAUGACUGACUGAUUGGAGGUAACGUACCCUGUUUGUUUGUAGCACAAGUGUCACCACCCAUGGACGCUACACAGCUAUCAAUGCGGACGCCAUCCCAAACCUCCUCAGGCUACUAGUGCAUUCAUGCAGCCGCGUACGCGUAAAUGGACUCAAGGUGAGUUACGUAUUUCCAGGGUCUAAAGGUUUAGUUGUCAAACUCCUUACAAGUUUCGAAGAUCCGUAAGGAGAUUACGAAGCUGUAUCUGAGAGGGACUUAGUCUUGACCUUCUUUUCAACGUCAUAGUCAGAUGGUGAAAAAAGUUUAAAAUUGAACCUGAAGAAGUUCCUCAAAACAAAAAAAUUAUCUAUUUAGAUUUAUUUAACAGCUCGUCAUCUCCGAGAUUUUCUCACGCAUCGGCCACACAGGACGGAAGGCAUUUUUAUAUCUCAAAUCGUUAUAUGCAACAUAUACUGAAAGCGAUUAACCAAAAGGAGCAAAAUAUGGAUACCGCGCCCAGAAACCGUCUGUACUAUCCCAAAUAAGAUUCACUUUAUGACAAAUAUUAUGCCAAAAGUAGCUCCCAAACACCAUUCCUUCGAAAUCGGAACGUAAAUUGUUUACUACCGCCUUACUAGAAAGCAAUUCCGACGGAUGAAAACAAAUACUCGGAGGUGUAGAAAAGACGAAAAUCCGAGCAUCGUUCCCACUACUAGCAUAAAGCAAAAUAAUAUAUGUGGAAAAGACCAUAACAGUGUUCACUCUGCCUUUUGGUGCGUUUAGUUCCCUGCUAACGUUAGAGAAACUCGGAUAAACAAAGGGUAUUUUUUCAAGAUAAUGAGCAAUAUUGCGCGUUUCCUUAAAUAAAGCCAUCGUCUACAAAACUCAUCCAUAUAUUGUAACUUUCGGCUCAAAGUUGACAUGAAUUUGAGCAUGCUCCUGUUUGUAAAUUUUUGUAUAGGAUUUUUUUAUUUUGAAUCGAUUUGCAAACAAUUAACUAAAAGGGUUUCGGAUCUGCUGCUCGGAAAAAAAAGCUCAUUGGGAGAUACUUUCAAGAAACAGCAUACAGGUGCACUAGAACGGAGAUUGACUGGGGGAAACUGGUCAAAAUGUUUUGCGCCCAUUCCCACAUGAAUAAACAGCCGACCUACGGUGAGGCAGAAUGCCGCUAAACUUCUGUUCCAUUGGACGUUUAUAGUCAGACUGACGGGCGCCGCCUGUGGAUCAUCUGCGUGUGCGAGCGCAGUUUCGUGUUCCUGGUCCCAGGCGGUGGUUGGGGUUUGAGUGGCUCACGGAAGGUAGAAGAAGCCUGAGGUAGCGCUGUCUCAAUCUGCUCACAUCUCCAUCAGUAUUCCAGCCUGGACCUCGUUUCCUGAACCGUUACUAUGCUAAGCAGACUUGCGAGAACAGAAGAGGGUCUUGUAAGCAUAGGAAUGUGGUCGAAUUGGGAACGGCAGUAAUUUACUACUGCAUUGAAAUACCGUGAAGCGUCGUGUCACACCUUAAUAGUAUCGUGUCUGUCUGCUUACUAAUACUUUUUCCUUAAAAAGUUUUGAAGCCUCCGAGUAAUCUUGAACACGACUUGCGAUGUAUUUUCGUUUAGGGUUUCCAGUUAACAAGCUGCAUACUUUUCGUGUGAUUAAGAACACAUUCCUUUAUGCCAUUAACAAAAUACCACAUGGGACUCACAAAAUGUUGCAAUGGACUGAAACCAUGUUGUAUACUUAAUGAGGAGCAUUAUUAAACAGACACGAUGCUUCUUAAAUGGACCUUAAACGAUUUUAGCAAUUUCAGAAUUAGACACUUUUAAAACCAAAAUUUACCUUUCUCCGGGAAUAUAUUUUAAAGAAGAGACGAUUCGCUACCAAAUGAGUGCAAGAAUCAGUAUUUAACUGAGCUUUCCAUGGAAUAUAUUUGGAUUUACAAUGGCAUCGAAAACUAAUAGAAUUACACCAAUUACGUAGUCAUAUCUAUCGGAUGCGAUUACUGCAGGCGGCCGAAGAAAAAUCCAUUUAAAAGCCAACCUCCUGGCGUGUUCAAAAUGUCCUAGGUUUUUGCUGAACGAUGAACAAUAUCACAAUCCUACGAAAGUAAUCCCUUCUGAUAGAAAACGCAAUUCAAAUCAGUCGUUGACAGUAUCAACUGAGGGCUUCCAGAGUGACCAAAUGGGAGGAGGUUUGAACUCAAGAGAUUGCAAUUAUUAGCUGAUGUAUGCGGUAAUAUUCGAGAGCACCACAAAGUUGAGGUUUGAAGCCUGGUUUACAACCCAGCUGUCCCGUGAGAUUUUGCCUCCUCGCAUUAUUAAACAUUUUUGGUACCACUUUCGGGAAUUUUAAUAGGUGAGGGACUAUGAAAAUUAGGUUACAAUGGUUCUUAUAGGUUUUUCUGCUACGUUUUAUAAUUAUGGCGAUGAGGUUUGACGCUAUCAUGUUUAGGACGGUUCUUUUGAUUCCCAGCCCAUUUUCCGAGAUUACCAUGGCGACAAUCCAAUCCCGGCCGGACCAUUCUCGCCUGUAUCUGUGACGUUUACUCGCUAUGUUCUUUUUCACCACUCAACCAAUCUGUCAUUAUAUAAGUAGUGGCAGGUCUGUCUUACUGGCUUUUUAUUUGAUGUAGCCGGCAAAUCUCUUAUCAGAAACGUCAUGCCUGGCCGGUGGGAGCUUAUGUUACCAAUUUUCUUUAUGGACUAAUAUGCUAACCUUCCGCUUCGAUUUCAUUUCUACUAAUCUACGAAGAAAGGAUAACUUUAUUUGAUUGAUUUUGAGCAUUAAUUUGGUGCCUGAACCACACAAAAGGAUAACCUAGACUGAAGCACUACUGUCCCCGCCAUCGCUUUCCAGAGGGACGGAGUCGGCUAUUCUUGACGUUCUUCGCAUUUCAUGAAGUAGAUUUUCCUAAUGAUUCAUGUAUAAUGCCUCAAACGGCUAGUUAUUAACCUCCCUUUCGUUAUUGAUUUUGUUAUCCGUAUUUCCCUUCUUGGUGUUCAGGCCAUCACCUGCAUAGCCGAAGCGCCCGAAGGUCGACGUAUUCUACUGGAUCAUGUUGAUAAUGUACGUUUCGCCAAAAAAACACUAUACACUUUUAUGCCUUGAUUUUUCCUAACCGCGUGCAUAUCUACAGGAUCCCAGGAGUCAUACAUCCUGGAGUGGAAUAAGAGGUUUAAUGCUUACUUUUUCGAAAAAGUCUCUUCGUAUGAAAGCGGCACCCUGUCGACCUGAUUGCGUGACGAACGUGCAAAGAGUCCUAUAUAGCGUUUCUCUACUGACUUUUAAAUCUAUGGGAAGGGGUUUCAUCGCUGCUCUUAUAUGACCAAACUUCAUGGAGAAUAUUUUAGAGAGUCUUCUCCAAAAUUUCCAAAUACUGGUGGCAGUUCCACUUAUAAGGUUUUGAACAGCGGUUACCGUCGCGAGCGUAUUGGUCAAUAGGUCUACUGUCAAAGUAGUUCAACGUUCUGCUAUUGGUCACAUAUCGACGGUACAAUUCAGUUAAGUUCUACGAAUUUGCCCAAUGGCCAAUGAAAUAUGACUUGACUGAUUUCGUUAUUUUAAAAUGCAAAGUGAAAAUCGAUGCAAAAGCGUCUCAAAAACUAUGCUUUUUCGAAUUAAGUAAAAUUUGAAUUGAUUUUAAUAACGUCAAAUGGUUACCCAUCCAUAAUUCCCAUCAGAGUAAUGUACGUCAUUAACCUACAUUAAUGUAGGUUAAUGGAUUGUAUAGCUUGCCAAAGUCUUCUACAAAGCCAUUUAAAAGGAUACGUGCAAAGUCAAUGCACGUUAUGUGUAACCGGGGAUGGUAAAAUAUAUACAUGGCUACAGACAGCUUCAGGAAGUGCUGACAGCGCUCCUGAUCAAGAAAUGAAUUUAAGACUGCCGGGCCGAUGUAUAGGAGAAAUUGCCGGAAUUCGGCCGCCUUCCAAUACUCCAGGCAAUCCAGAGUUCGGCACUUCCGAGCAAAUUCUGCCGGUAGACAAUUGCUGCACUUUUUAAUCCGCGCAUUGAGCGCCGCAGAAAACUUCUUCACUCCGAGGCGCCACAUGUGCGGCAAUUUACGUAUUACUCCCAGGCAUACUAGGUGCAUGUAGUCCAUGGGAAAGGAGGCUACCAUAUCGAUGGGUAACUCCUCAAAUGGUGAUAUGCCCCUAUGGUGCAUGGCCUGCUUUUGCAACCGAAAUGACAUGUCGUCCCGAGGACGCCCACUAUACGGCGGAAACGUCAUACGGUUAGCAAUGGGAAUUCCAACAUGACAGCACCUAGAGUGGUCUAGGUUAGCUCGAUGAACAAACCUACCUAUCGCAUCCAUAGUAUCCGUUAUGUGCCUUGACUUGCCGGAUGUAGGAGCGGGCAGGGGCAUCGCAAAUGAUAUUGGCUAGCUCCACUUUUACAACAUCCCCUGUACCUGGGAGUCGCAGGCCACCAUCAAGAAGUCCUUUCAAUUCGCAAACACAGUCACGAAGAAACUCAUCCACUGGUUCGGGUUUGCCAAAGCCGGAAAAUACGCCAACGACGAAGGGUUCACCAAUAAAAGGGUGACUGAUUCGCGCUAGUAUUGGCCAAAGGCAUUGACCUGAUCCUUUAAACAACUUCAUCCCAUCAAUGUGCAAUUGGAUGCGCAUUUCAGGAAUUUCAGUUGUUUGCCGGCGGUUUACCUCAUCCAGCAAAGCUCGCUCAAUGCCCAGAUGGACAUAGUUCCCGUUGCUUAGGACCUUGUUGCUACAAGUUCUUGGAGUCUUCAAGAGCGUUCGCGGGUCCUUCGGGACUUCUCGGUGGUACUGCCGGAGCAUAUCGAACAUAGCCUUCAUCAUAGACAGAGGCAUUCGCGUGUUCAGACAUAAUUCUUGUAAAUCUGAUAGAAAAGAUUUUCCCCUUUUUCCGUCAUAUGCUCUUGACUUCCUGCAAACUCUACACCCACUAAUAUUCUACAUCGAUGGAAAAACCUACCAGUGUAACCCUCAGGCGUUAGUUCAGGCAUUUCUAAUUCAGGAGAGUCGCUUGGCAAAGUAGACGCCGUUGGAACAUUAACCUGUUGGGCAGCCUCCGUUGCCGCAUAGUAGACCGUCUUCAGGCGCCGGAUUCGCUUAUAAGCGGUGCUCCGGUUGAUUCCAAAAUACUUACGUUUCAUUUCUGCUUCAUCUCAAUGACAAAAAUGAUAAACAAAGGCUCAAAGUGCAGCUUUUCAGAUCACUCUGCUACAACGGAUAUCUCAUUGAUAUUGCUUAAAUCAACAGGCAAUUAUUCAAUGAUAAUACUACUUUACACGUCAAAACUUACAAAAUAUCAUAAAAGAUAGCAAAAGGGCAGUUCAUUACAUACCACAGUAACGUAUGCACGUAGACCACAGUAGACAGUAUUAGCACUCACGACGAGAGGAUCGCAGCUCACGUGGGAGAUAAGUGCCGCAAAGUGACACACUUAAACAAUUAUGCGCAUUAUAUCAGGACUGCCCAGACAUGUCAAAAGCACAACUACCGAAGUCUCGCUUGUUAUCUCUCUUAUGAAGCGACAGGAUGCAGCUAAAGAGCAGUCGCGAAAUUUUGUGGUACCAAUAACUCCUGCCGUUCUUGCCUACUUCAGCUUCGUACCGGGGACAAAAUGCUUCAAACAAAUUUUAACCGAAAAAUGCACGUUUAUUCACGGAGUAAUGCCUGUUAAUAGUGCAGUAACGACGAGAAAACUUCGAGGGGGGUGGCCCCCUCAUAGCCCCUUCUUGGCCCCCUUUCAAGAGGGGGCCACGUGCUGGCAGGAUUGUAAAAGUCGGUUAAAGCCAUUUGUACUUCAGUAACAGUCAUAAUGUGCAUGGCGAAUGUGAAAAGGAGAUAAAAAUGGAGGACGCUGAUAUCGACGAGUGCGAUCAUUAUUAUUCCUAAGCAUUUUUUCGUCACCUAUAACUCCCAGGCGGGUAUUCAGGCCGGGUGCAUAGUUGCUCCCUGCCGGUAGAUGCGCUUGAGUUCCCGCCGGGUCUACAGGUCGUGUGCAUGGUUGGCCAGUGACUUGUGUGGCUCUCUCCUCUCUCUGACCAAUUUUUAUCGCUGGUUAAAAUCCUGGUCCAGUGUAUGUUGUGGACCAGGAGGUGUGGUGGAAUGCCUAGGUGUGCGUCCGGCCGUGUCAGUCAUCUGCGCUCUCUACCUCCGUCGGUCUUCUUGACUGUCUUAACACUGAGCUCAUGCCGGGAAGAAGGAAAGGGCGCGGUAGAUGCUGCGCAAAUAUACUCUCACUAUAAUCUAAUUCAAGCACCUCACCUUGUCUGCUCUCAUCUCGCUGUGGAGCACAUGGUGAACAUUGUCGGCAACGACGGUCGAACUGCCAUAACUUACAGCACUGACUCAUUCUGCAUGUUGUGCUAUGGUAAGGAUCAGGCGCUUAGAUUUCAAUGUCCGGAUUAUUAAACUGAGUGGUAUAAGCAUUAACUUCCUCACCAGUCAAAAUAGAUGUUUAUGCUGCUUCCAUGGUUUUCAUAGCACUUAUGGUGUUUAUUUACCUAUACGUUUAACAAUUUGGUUGGCCGAAUACAAACCGUCAUCCGAAAAGAGUUAAGGGCUAAAUGUUUUCUUCUGUCGCUUCAGAUAAAAAAGUUGACAGAGGACGAAGACGCUGGAGUAAGAAAGCACGCAAACAUUGCUGUCGACGUGAUAACCUGGAAGCCAUAA